GUGUGUUUGAACAGAAUACUUGCAUGAUCACAUCGAGUAGGCUGAAGGACUGGUGUGAAUGUAUAUCGCUGUUGUCACAUCACCUGUAUCGUGUCUGUGUGAGCGUGCAAAAGACCAUGAGUCUGCGUUUUUUCGAGGGCGCAAAACAAGCAAAGAUCUAUGCUGCGGUUCGACCUCGCUACUCUGACAAAGUGUUUGAUCUCAUCUUCAAAUUCUGUCAAGGCGGCAGCGGAAAAUUCAAGCUGGCAGUAGAUGUGGCGUGCGGAACAGGACAUCAGAGUACUCUCCCUUUGGUGGGCCGUUUUGAGAAAGUUAUCGGUCUGGAUGUCAGUGAGCAACAGUUGAAACAAGCGCCUAAAAAUGUGGCAAAUUUGGAAUUCAGACAGUCGACGGCGGAACAUUUGUCGUUCCUUGAUCCAAAUUCAGUAGAUUUGGUUACUGCUGCCAGUAGCUUUCACUGGUUUAAUAUGCCGGAGUUUUUAACGGAAGUAGAGCGGGUGCUGUCGCCUGGUGGCUGUUUGGCUGUCUACACUUAUGGUUGGCCGUCACUUCGGGAAUCUGGUGCCAAGGAAAUCCUCGAAAAGUUUAUCUCGACAUAUUUGGCGGAGUUCUACCAUGCCGGCAACCUGAUGUCGAUUGGCGGCUACAAAGAUGUUAAACUUCCAUUUAAGGAUUCGCAGAGAGAUACGGUGACGUUGGAGAUGGACUGGACAGUUGAACAACUGUGUGAUUUUUUUCAGUCCACGUCCGUUUGGCAGAAACGUCUGAAGGUGUUCCCGGACUGUGAUAGUCUCAAUGCUUUGGAGGCAAACCUCAGAAGGUUUUACGGAUGGUCUUCAGAAGAUGAACACCCAAGACUAACAGCACUGUUUUCAGUAGCCAUAUUAUUGGGGAGAAAACCGCUGGAGUAGGCGUCCUUAAAAGCACAAAGUGAAGAGUCAGCAGGAAGAGACGUAUGAUUCACAACCUGUCAACUUGUAUAUCAGUGAUAUUGUGUAUAUUAUUAAAUUUUCAACUCUAGUUUUCCUUUUAUGACUACUGAAACCUGUUUGGCGUGGAAGUUCUAUCGCUUACCUUGGUUCUCGGGGCGGUGGAUGGCUUAGUGGUUAAAGCGUUCGCUCGUCACGCCGAAGACCCGGGUUCGAUUCCCCACAUGAGUAAAA